AUGCUGAUGAGGAAUGGGAACAGCACGGCGGUCUACCUCAUCAACCUGUCCAUUUCAGACCUGCUCUACACAAUCUCUCUACCUGUGUGGAUUGAGCUGGCCCUGCAGAGGCCUCUGGGUGGUCUCUGCAGUUUAGUGGCUGUGAUCAUGCACAACAGCUUUUAUGUCGGCUCAGGCCUCCUUUGCUGCCUCUCUGUCGAUCGUUACCUAGCAGUGGUGUAUCCUCUCCACUUUCACUGGGUCCGAGAGGUGCAGACUGCAGCAGUUGUGAGUAUUGCUGUUUGGACUUUGGAGAUUGCCAUCCACAUCAUCUUGCUUGACCACAAGGGGGUGCUGCAAGCUUUCUCCUCAAGAAACUUGUGUGAGGAGCGAAUACCCAUGACACAAGAAGAUGCCAACAUCGCCCUUACACGAGUCACCCUGGGUUUCUUGGUCCCUGUCUUCAUCAUGACCUUUUGUUUUCAGCAGAUCAUGUGGUCACUGCGACAGAGCAACUCCAUCCAGACAGAGGAGCGCAGAAAAGUGGGACUGCUGCUGUUUUUCCUUAUUCUAACAUACAUAGUGGCCUUUAUGCCCUAUCAGACUGUCAUGCUUCUCAGGGCCAUACUGGAGCCCAGGGCCUGCGUCUGGGCCAUAAAGCUCAGAGAUCUAUACCUGGUCACAGUUGCCACGACUACCAUAAACAGUACAGCGGAUCCUAUAAUAUACUGUUUAACCACUGAGACUGCUCAGAAAGAGAUUAGGAAAGCUUUAGAGAAAUUUUGGGGAGUUUUUGUGAGGAAGAAAUGGUGUGUGCAUUCAAACGUCACAUCUGCAAUGGAAAAUUUAACCCUGGCCGCAAAUCAUUCAGAAUGUUACUCGGUUGACAGCGCAUCCAGGAGAAGGCCUUUUCUGUUUUUCUACCUGGCUAUCAUCAUCACUGCCAUCCCGUCCAACAUCUUCUCCCUCUAUGUGUCCUGGCAGCAUAUUAGACAGAAGAACGAGCUUGGUGUGUAUCUAUUCAAUCUGGCCCUGAGUGACCUGAUCUUUACUAUCGGCCUUUCUCUGUGGCUGGACUUCCUGUGGAAUGGAGUUUGGGCCCAUGGGGGCUAUGUUUGCGUGCUAUCUGUCUACUCUCUCUUCACUAACUUUUACACCAGCGAUGCUCUCCUCUGCUGCAUCGCUAUUGACCGCUACCUGGCAGUGGUUCAUCCAUUAAAGUACACUUUCUUGAGGAAGGUUAGCACUGCAACUGCGGUCAGUGUUGUCAUUUGGGUGUUGGUGGUCUGUUUCAAUGCCACCACCAUCAGCUGGGAGGACUCAUACAGUGAAAACAAUGAGUUUUCAUUGUGCUUUGAUACCUUUAUCCCGCUGUCAGAGAACCUGGCUCGAGCUAAUGUAGCACGCUUCAUCCUAGGCUUUAUUGUUCCCGUUCUCCUGUUGGUGUUUUCCACCUGGAGGAUCUGUGUGGCGGUGAAAUCCAACCAGGCCACAGAGGAACAGGAACGUAGACGGAUUUCAAAGCUUCUGACGGUAAUCCUACUCUCCCUUUUGUUUUGCUUUGGACCUACCCACGUCAUGAUGCUCCUCCGCAUAGUAGUCAAUGACUGCUGGACUAAUGCAUGGCUUCUUUAUAUAUACAAGAUCAGCAUAGCUAUCUCAAGCCUCAACUGCCUUGCAGACCCUCUCCUUUACUGCUUCAUUACUAAAAUGGGGAAGGCAAAUGUCAAACAGGUUGUUCUCUUCAUCCGGUGUAGGUUAAAUAAGGUUGGAACAAUCAAAUAA